AUGCCAUCUUCCAAUGAAACCAGCUCUUUUCCCACCUUUUUCCUGCUGCUGGGGAUUCCAGGGCUGGAAGCUUAUCACAUCUGGAUUGCCUUCCCAUUUUGUAUUGUGUAUCUAACUGCAGUUGUGGGCAAUAUCACCAUUAUGCUUGUGAUCAAGACAGAAGAGAGCCUUCACCAGCCAAUGUUUUACUUCUUGGCCCUUCUGUCCUUUAUUGACCUAGGACUUUCCACAUCUACCAUCCCUAAGAUGUUGGGCAUCUUCUGGUUCAACUUCAGGGAAAUCAGCUUUGAAGGAUGCCUCAUACAAAUGUUCUUCAUCCACACCUACACUGGCAUGGAGUCUGUGGUGUUGUUAGCAAUGGCCAUUGACCGUUUUGUGGCUAUCUGUUACCCACUGAGAUACACUACCAUCCUCACCAACAAGGUGGUGGCCAUCAUGGCCUCUGUGGUGGUUGGGAGGCCAGUUCUUCUAGUCAUUCCAUUCUCCUUCCUCCUUAAAAGACUGCCAUUCUGUGGACACUAUAUCAUCCCCCACACCUACUGUGAGCAUAUGGGCAUCGCUCGCCUGGCUUGUGCCAGCAUCAGAGUAAACAUUAUUUAUGGUUUAUUCACUAUUGCUGCCCUCAUCUUUGACUUGAUCCUCAUUGCCCUUUCCUAUGUUCAAAUAUUACGAGCUGUUUUUCGCCUGCCCUCCCGGGAUGCACGACUGAAAGCUCUCAGUACUUGCGGUUCCCAUGUCUGUGUCAUUCUGGCCUUCUAUACACCUGCAUUUUUCUCCUUCAUGACGCACCGAUUUGGACGUAAUGUCCCCCGCUACAUCCACAUCCUUCUGGCCAAUCUCUAUGUGGUCAUCCCACCAGCCCUUAAUCCAGUCAUUUAUGGAGUCAGGACCAAACAAAUCCGAGAGCGGGUACAACGGGUAUUUGUUCAGAAAGAAUAA